AUGCCGAUUGCGAGAACUUCGUGCGAAACUGCAAAGCAUGCAGUUUGCACAGCAAAACUCCCCGGAAAGUCCCUUUACAACCUUGGCCCGCACCCGAACGUGUUUGGCAAAAGGAUUCACAUCGACUUUGCCGGACCCGACCAAGGACAAUGGUAUUUGGUAGUGGUAGAUGCCAAGAGCAAAUACCCGGAGGUAAAAAUUGUUCACUCCAUCUCCGCCGCCAAUACCGUGAAAGUCCUCAAGGAGAUUUUUGCCAGAAAUGGCUACCCCGAAACCAUCGUCUCGGACAAUGGAACCCAGUUCACCUCCCAACAAUUCGCAGAUAUGUGCCAGAAUGGCCAUAUCCAACACAUCAGAACUGCUCCCUACUGUCCCCAGUCCAAUGGUCAAGCCGAAAGGUUUGUCGAUACCCUCAAGAGAGCCCUCUUGGGAGAAUCCAUCAGACGUUUCCACACCAACCAACUCAAAAGUGAUCUUUCACACCCUUAUCCCGGAACGAGCGAUACCUUUGAUCCUUGCCUCGACGUGUUGCUGGACACCUACGAUGUUUCUCCAGCCAGCUCGAGCUCAAGCAGCAGCAGAAGUCCAAUUUGUGCACCGACAACGUCUGGUCAACAAAAGCCGUGCUCAGCCGCUCCUGCAGCAGCCGCACAUCCAUCGACAAGUCAGCCGAACAGUCAAGCACAGCAGCAAGACCGAACGACUACGGCCGCACCAACGCAGUCAGUCAACGUGCCGCCAGCACCGCGAAGAUCUACACGACAGCGAAAUCCUGUUUCUCGUUACGAUCCUUCACCGUAA